GCGUUGACGUUCAAAUGACGAUUUCGUCAAAUAUUUUUCAUUAAUAAAAUUGCGGUUACUAUUUACCCAUUGGAUAAUUAUCGGAAGAUGCACCUGAGAGGAUUGUCGGCAUCCAGUGCGCGAUAUUCAACGUACAAGUCGUAUCUCAUGUUCACCGGAUCGAGAUAAACAUGAGGGAAUGUGUUAAUAAAAUACCUGGUGAUGGGAAAAAUUCACGAAUUUAGCUGAUAGCUUUAUCAUUGGAGGAACGAAUGGUACGUCCGUGCCAACCGACGGAGUGCUCAUCACCCUCGAUCCUCGAUCCUCUAGAGAUAGUUCUGACGCAGGCAUUUCCAAGAGAGAAAGAAGAGUAUCGAGAUGACGGUCUGUCGUAUUCGUGUCGUGUUGUGACGAAGAGGAAGAAGAAAAAGUGUCUUCGUUGGCAGCAGGAUGGUGUUAUCGGGCGAUAUUCUCCUGACUAUUUUUAUCGUCCACCUGAGCCCCCUCAGUGUCUGGGGAUAUUUGGAGUCUGGUGGCAACAGUGCAUCCGAUAGGUUGGAGAACGUGACCCAAACAAUUUCCCGUAUUCUCGACGGUUACGAUAUUCGAUUGCGUCCCAAUUUCGGAGGGGAUCCUCUCAAAGUUGGCAUGGACCUCACCAUCGCGAGUUUCGAUGCCAUAUCAGAAGUGAAUAUGGAUUACACGAUAACAAUGUACUUGAACCAGUACUGGAAGGACGAGCGUUUGGCAUUUUCGUACGAGGCAGAAGUGUUGACGCUGAGUGGUGAUUUUGCCGAGAAGAUUUGGGUACCGGAUACAUUCUUCGCCAACGACAAGAACAGAGGUUUCGUUCCCAGCUUUCUUCACGACGUCACUGAGCGCAACAAACUCGUCAGACUAUCUGGAGAUGGUUCGAUAACGUAUGGAAUGAGAUUUACAACUACACUAGCAUGCAUGAUGGACCUACACUACUAUCCACUGGACUCGCAGAACUGCACUGUGGAGAUUGAAAGUUAUGGAUACACUGUCCUGGACGUUGUGAUGUACUGGAAGGAGACACCAGUGAGGGGUGUUGAAGAGGCUGAACUGCCCCAAUUCACGAUACUCGGAUACGAGACUAACGAUCGGAAGGAGCGUCUUGCAACUGGCAUCUAUCAAAGACUCUCGUUGAGUUUCAAACUUGAGAGGAACAUCGGUUAUUUUGUCUUUCAGACGUAUUUACCGAGUAUUCUUAUUGUCAUGCUCAGCUGGGUCAGCUUCUGGAUUAAUCAUGAGGCAACGAGUGCUAGAGUGGCCCUUGGUAUCACAACUGUGCUGACAAUGACCACGAUAUCAACGGGUGUUAGAAGUUCACUUCCACGCAUCAGCUACGUCAAAGCCAUUGACAUCUAUCUCGUCAUGUGCUUCGUGUUCGUUUUUGCUGCACUACUUGAAUAUGCAGCUGUCAACUACACGUAUUGGGGCGCUAGAGCAAGAAAAAAAACUAAACAGAAGAGGGAUCUCAUGAAGAAACAAACAUCAGUUCAAACUCCAGAAACCACGGAAGCGGAUAUAAUUGAGCUUCAGGAUCUUCGGAUAUCGCCUCUACCGAGCAUCAGGAGCCGAUCGGGUUUGGCAAGUGGUGCAACUACCCCAGCAGCAGUUGGAGCUCAUGAUCGCGGUCAUUUUCCGCCUAGUUUUCGUCCUGCACGAUAUAACGCCAGGAACAGUGGACUUAGAUACCGCGGUCCACGUCAGCACAAACCAAAGGUAUUUCAUGCCCUAAAACGCGGCGCCUCUGUGCUGAAGGCGUCAUUACCAAAAAUCAAGGAUGUCAAUGUCAUUGAUAAAUAUUCACGGGUCGUAUUUCCGGUCAGCUUCAUCCUCUUCAACGCUGUCUACUGGACAUUCUACGUCUUCUGAAGUGAAUUUUCGGGGAGUUUGAAGAUAUCCAGUUCACAACUGCUUGGUAACGUGCGCGAGUGAGUGAUAAACCGAAUAAAUUCAAACUAUUGUCGACACAUUAUGUUUAAUCACUCCAGUCGGAUUACGUGUCCGUUCCACUUAGAUGUUGAUUACAAAAUCGCCACCAUAAAUAAUCAGAUAAUUCAGUAGAAAAUUUUAAGAUAAUCGAGAUAAGAAAACGAAAUUCAGAAGUCUCUCGAAAGUACUGAAUCUCAAAGCUGCCACAUUUAUGAGACACGAGUUGAUAAUUUUAAGUAAUAAUUAUGUUAUGAAAAUGAACGUUCGUGCUAAUAAAAAAAUGCGCCUAGCCUAGAUCAAAUAAUUCAUCUGUAUGAUUUGGAGGAGUCGUGAGACAAUAUGUUCCUAGAUGCUGUUUAAAUUCCAUCAUUGGAAUUAUCAACUAGGAACAUUUCAUGAAUUACUGUAAAUAAAUAUAAAUAUCAUUUGCAAAUUUUAUCGAUGUUAAAUGCUGUAGCUGAGUGACGAGUUAGUUUUGGAGCUGUUCCUCAGGAGAACAAUGAGAACAUGUUUGAAUGAAAUAUAUGAAAAUAUAAAACCAA